AUUGCUGUGUAUUGUGGUAGUUUCGUAAUAACAGAGCGAUUCAAUCCCUCGCAUCCGUGGUAGUACGUGUUACUGUAUAUACGUUACAACAAACGUAUUGCAUAUUUAGACCCCUGCCUCUUUUCAGCUUCGUUGGAAAUAAGGCACUUUAUUUUGAAACUUUGUCCAGGCAAAAAGUUACCAUGGAGAAAAAUGAGAACCAGAGAAAACUUCGUGUCUGUGUGGCUACCUGCAAUCGGGCAGAUUAUUCCAAACUGGCUCCUAUCAUGUUUGGAAUCAAAGCAGAAUUAGAGAAGUUUGAACUGAGUGUUGUUGUUUUAGGAUCUCACCUUAUUGAUGAUUAUGGUAACACUUACCGUAUGAUUGAACAAGAUGAUUUUGAUAUUCAAGCAAGACUUCACACCAUUGUCAGAGGAGAAGAUGAAGCUGCCAUGGUGGAGUCUGUAGGCCUUGCACUGGUGAAACUUCCCGAUGUUUUAAACCGCUUGAAACCAGACAUAAUUGUUGUCCAUGGAGAUAGAUUUGAUGCUCUGGCCUUGGCUACAACCGCAGCCUUGAUGAAUAUUCGAAUUCUCCAUAUAGAAGGAGGUGAAGUCAGUGGCACCAUAGAUGAUUCUAUCAGACAUGCUAUUACUAAACUGGCUCACUAUCAUGUGUGCUGUACAAGGAGUGCAGAACAACACCUGAUCUCUAUGUGUGAGGAUCAUGACCGUAUACUUUUAGCUGGAUGCCCUUCCUAUGACAAACUCCUCAAUGUGAAAAACAAAGACUAUAUGGGAGUUAUCCAUACUUGGUUAGGUGAUGAUGCAAAGCCUGAAGAGUACAUUGUUGCAUUACAGCACCCUGUUACCACUGACAUUAAACAUUCAGUCAAGAUGUAUGAGUUUACCUUGGAUGCUCUUAUUUCCUUCAACAAGAAGACACUUAUCCUUUUUCCAAACAUUGAUGCAGGAAGCAAAGAAAUGGUUCGAGUUAUGAGGAAAAAGGGAGUAGAACACCACCCCAAUUUUAGAGCUGUUAAACAUGUCCCAUUUGAACAGUUUAUACAGUUAGUUGCUCAUGCAGCAUGUAUGAUUGGAAAUAGUAGUUGUGGUGUCCGUGAAGCAGGAGCAUUUGGUACACCAGUCAUCAACUUAGGAACACGUCAAACUGGGAGAGAAACCGGUGAGAAUGUUCUUCAUGUUCGUGAUGCUGAUACACAGAAUAAAAUAUUCCAUGCCCUUCAGCUUCAGUAUGGAAAACGUUAUCCUUGUUCCAAGAUCUAUGGAGAUGGCAAUGCUGUUCCAAGAAUUAUAAAGUUUCUUAAAUCUAUUAAUUUGGUAGAACCUCUUCAAAAGAAGUUUUGUUUCCCACCUGUAAAGGAGAACAUUUCUCAAGACAUAGAUCACAUCCUGGAAACUCUGAGUGCUUUGGCUGUGGAUCUUGGAGGCACAAACCUCCGUAUAGCUAUUGUUAGCAUGAAGGGUGAGAUCAUUAAGAAAUAUGUGCAGCCCAAUCCUAAAACAUAUGAGGAUCGAAUUGAAUUAAUUCUGAAAAUGUGUGUAGAAGCAGCAUCUGAAGCUGUGAAUUUGAACUGCAGAAUAUUGGGAGUUGGUAUUUCAACAGGUGGGCGUGUAAACCCCCACGAAGGGGUUGUACUUCAUUCCACAAAGCUAAUUCAAGAAUGGAGUUCUGUUGAUCUCAGAACGCCUCUGUCUGACACAUUACAUUUACCAGUAUGGGUGGAUAAUGAUGGUAAUUGCGCAGCACUAGCUGAGAAGAAGUUUGGCCAAGGCAAAGGAGUGCAAGAUUUUGUCACUGUCAUUACUGGCACAGGUAUUGGAGGAGGAAUUGUUCAUCAACACGAACUUCUUCAUGGUAGCUCAUAUUGUGCUGCUGAGCUUGGGCAUAUAAUGGUUUCUUUCGAUGGACCAGAAUGUAUGUGCGGCAGUCAUGGUUGCAUAGAAGCCUAUGCUUCUGGAAUAGCACUGCAGAGAGAGGCCAAGAAACUGCAUGAUGAGGAUUUACUGUUAGUAGAAGGAAUGUCUCUGAAGAAUGAUGAAUCAGUCAGUGCAGUUCACCUUAUACAAGCAGCCAAACUUGGCAAUAACAAAGCAAGUAACAUCCUUAAAACAGCUGGGACGGCACUAGGUAUCGGCAUAGUGAACAUACUACACACAAUAAACCCAUCUAUGGUUAUCUUGUCAGGGGUUCUAGCAAAUCAGUACAUUAACUUUGUGAAAGAAGUGAUACAUCAAAGAGGAUUGGCUUCAGUCCAAGACGUUAAUGUUGUCGUUUCCAACCUAUCAGAUCCAGCACUUCUGGGAGCAGCAAGCAUGGUGCUUGAUUAUACCACUCGCAGAACAUACUAGAUUAUUUUUAUUUUUUAGACUUCAAUAUGCAAUGUCGACCAAAUGGUUUCGCAUUUAUCAUUGAUGCAAGACUUUUUUAAUUUAUUUUAUGUUAAAUGUGGCUUUAAUUUGGGACAUUCAAUCAGGAUGUUGCUGGUCUGACUCCUGAAAUGCUCCGGAUUUUUUUCUGCUUACAUUUUUUUAAAUAUUUGUGGUUUGUUUAUUUAUUUGUAUUUGAGUAACCCCACAAGUAAUAAGACAUUUACACCAUUUUCCUGAUAUAUAAUAAAUUAUCCACAAGGAUAUUUGUAUAAAGGAGAAAGAUGUACAAUUAAAACAGGCACAAAUUAUUGAAACCAAAUGUAUGCAAGUAGAUAUGUAGUUUAACUUUAUGAUUUCAAUGCAUAAGAAGAGGAUUUUGAAGAACAUUUUAAUACAUCACAAUAUAAAAUGUUAACUUACUUUCUCCAACAUAGGUGUGUCCGGUCCACGGCGUCAUCCUUACUUGUGGGAUAUUCUCUUCCCCAACA